AUGAAAUCCUUCUUGGUUCUGUGCGCUUUGGUGGCGGUCUGCGCUGGUGGCGCGAUACGUGAGAAGCGCGGCUACAGCGGCUGGAGCGAUGGAUACAGCGGUGGACUCAGCGGCGGCAGUGGUGGCUACUCCGAGCCCGCUGCGAAGGUCAUUUCAGUUCAAAAAGUAGUUAAUGUGCAGCGCGAGGUCAGCGUGCCGCAGGUGGUCCACGUGCGCAAGGUCAUCUCCGAACCCCGUGUUAUCACUGUCAACAAAGUAGUGGCUGUCUCUGGCGGCGACGGACUCUCUGGUGGAUACUCCGGCGGUCACGGUGGUGGAUAUUCUGGUGGAUACAGCGGCGGAAUCUCUGGUGGUUACUCCGGCGGUCACAGUGGUGGCUAUUCUGGUGGAUACAGCAGCGGUCAUUCCAGUGGAUCUGGUUGGUGA